UCGUCAGGCAGCGCUUGGGGCAGCAAAGGACGGUGGCCGAGAGUGGGGGAAGGGGCUACUAUGGCGGCGGCGGCGGCGGUCGGGCGGGCGUGCGCUUUUGGCGCCUUGCGAGCGGCGUGGCGAGGGUUUGCUUCUGUGCCAGUGAAAGGAAAUUGUUGUUCGUAUUCUAGCCUGGCAUGGGCUUUCCAGGCACGAUGUUCCAUCUCUGCCCCCUGGACUGUGACAAUAGAGCAACGCAGACAAAGCAGUUUCUUCAAUACGUUGACAGCUGAUGAGCUGUGGAAAGGAGCUUUGGCGGAGACUGGUGUGGGAACAAGGAAAGGAAGAGGAAAGAGAAGGAAGAAAAAGCUAAGGAAGGAUCUGAAUAAAGGCCAGACGAUUGGCGAAGGACGUUCUGGAUUCCUCUGGCCUGGUCUUAACACUCCUGUGAUACAAGGUGGGAAAGUCCAGGCAAUUAGCCAGAGAAAAAAAGAAGAACGAGAGAGAAUUCAGUCUGAACUUAUUCAGCAGAGGGAUACAUAUGAGAAGAGAAGAAAAAUGAAAAUUAAGAGGCAGGGAGGUUGGAGUGGAAAGUGCUGGGGAGGUGUCAUCCUGGAUCCUCCUGACCCAGGUCCUAAUGGAGAAACUUACGAAGAUUUUGAAACAAGAGUCAUUGAGGUGAGAAAUGUGUUUUGUAUGAAUGCAAAGGAAGGCAGAAAAAAAUCAAUACGUGCCUUGGUGGCUGUUGGAAAUGGUAAAGGAGCUGCAGGUUUUGCACUGGGGAAAGCAGGUGACAGGAUGAAUGCUUUACGGAAAGCAAAGAAUAAAGCAAUACGUGGCUUACAUUUUAUAGAGCGGUAUCAGGACCACACUAUUUACCAUGACAUUACAGUGAAAUUUAAAAGAACAACCAUCCGCAUGAAGAAGCAGAACAAAGGGUAUGGUCUUCAUUGCCACCGAGCUAUCAUCACCAUCUGCAAACUAAUUGGCAUUAAAGACAUGUACGCCAAGGUUUCUGGAUCCAAAAACUUGAUUAACAUUACCAGAGCGCUCUUUAAAGGCUUGACUCAACAGGAGACUCACCAGCAGUUAGCGGACCAGAAGAGUCUCUGUGUAGUGGAGUUCCGGGAGGAGCAGGGGCCUCUGCCCAUCGUUGUGGCGCUGCCUGAGGGGACUGUCCGUGAGGAUCCCGAGCCUGAAGAUGAGGUUCCAGACAUAAAGCUGGAAUGGAGUGAUGUGAAAGCAGCUCAGGGAAUGAAGAAAUCUCCGUGGGCAAAUGUCAAGCGGACAAUAUGGUAAAAGCUUCAGUCCCUCUGUCUCUUCUGCAACAGGGAAAGCCCAGCCCAAAUGGACAAGUUAGCUAGGCUUACAUUUCAGAGGAGGCCAUCAUAAUCAUGCCAUUUAAAUUGUUGCUCCCAUUAUUUGUGCUUUCCCACAAUUCUUGUGACCACUGUUCGACUAGGGACGCUCAGAUGGGAGCAGCCACUGAACAUGACUUUGCCUUCAAGCAUGCAUUUACUUGAUUCCUGAAGAUGCUGUGUAAUCAACAGGUUAUAUGUGUCUUUCACAAGCUUUUGGGAAAGUGCUGGAAAGAUAAGCUUGUGAAAGCAAUAAAGAGUCCUCAGAAUGA